CCUCCUAGACUUUAAACAAAACUUGUGUAGCUCCCAAGUCAACCAUGAGGCCUAAAACACAUAGUUCACUUAGCCUAAAGCUUCUUCUCAUAUGUGUUUUCAUAGUUUUCUUACUUCUCUUUGUGUUGAGAUCAAGUUUAACAUCAUCCAAUGUAAGUACAUUAGCAUCAUCAGGAAGUACUUGUUCAUCACAAAAGUGUAACAAACUCCCUUCUUCAGUAGCGAAAUCCCUCAUUCACUACACAACCUCAGCCAUCACACCACAACAAACACCCAAAGAGAUAUCGGUAACAUCCAAGAUUCUUGACAAGAAAUCACCUUGCAACUUCCUUGUUUUUGGUCUUGGCCAUGACAGCCUAAUGUGGCACACACUCAACUAUGGAGGGCGAACGAUCUUCCUCGAAGAAGAUGAGGCAUGGAUAGAACAAAUCAAGAAGAGAUUUCCCAUGUUGGAGUCCUACCAUGUUACAUAUGACACUAAAGUGAAUCAAGCAAAUGUUUUAAUAGAAGCAGGGAAAGGAACAGAAUGUGCAACUAUAGGUGAUCCUAGAUAUUCAAUGUGUCAACUUGCCUUAAAGGGUCUGCCUAGUGAAAUUUAUGAUACUAAGUGGGAUUUAAUUAUGGUGGAUGCACCAACAGGUUACUAUGAGGAUGCACCAGGGAGAAUGACAGCAAUUUAUACAGCAGGGAUGAUGGCAAGGAAUAGAGAAGAUGGAGAGACACAUGUGUUUGUGCAUGAUGUGAAUAGGGAUAUUGAGGACAAGUUUUCUAGGGAAUUUUUGUGUGAGGGAUACAUGAAGAAACAAGUUGGGAGGUUAAGGCAUUUUACAAUUCCUAGUCAUAAGAGCAACUUGGAUAUGCCAUUUUGCCCCUAGUUUUUCUUGAAAACUUUCGUUCAUGUUGUUCGGACUCUUCGAAAAUGUCACCGGAUGCAUGUCGGAUCUUCCUAAAGUAAUGUAUUUUUGGAGAAUCCGACAUAGAUGUAGCUGCAUUUUUAAAGAGUUCGAGCAACAUAGUUUUUUGUUUAGCUUAUCUCUCUUUAUUUGUUCAUUUUUGAGGGAUGAAUGAGGAUAGUCUUUUCUUUUUUUCUUCUUUUUUGGAAUGAGGAGAGGAGAGUAAAUCAAUAAUACCAAUAAAUUGGGAAUGUUAUGCUAUGAGGUCUAGUAGAGGCAUAUGAAGUUUGGGCUAACUUUUUGCAUGUAUUAUGUUUAAUUGUUGGUAUGACAAGUUAUUUUCUAUAAAAAAAUACGUUUUUAAAGAUA